CGCCCCCAAGAGAAGUCACGGCGACAGCUAUGGGUCCGGGCUGGUCGCCUGCGCGGCGUGUGUGGCCGCUGCUGUGGCGCAGGGUGUUCUCCCAGAGAGCGAGCCCCAAGGUGUCUUCGGUUCCCUGGCUUCCGCGACUGGCAGAGAGAUGGCUUCUCGCGGGGCCCGCGACCUGCCUGACCCCGACCCCGAGCCCGCGCGGCCUGCACCAUGGGCCUCAGCCUGAGGAGCGAACCGAAGGCGAUGCUCGCCUGCAGCCGGGAGCCGCAGAUCACAUUGGUGCCAAGUUUGACAUCGAUAUGCUGGUUUCACUUCUGAAGCAAGAAAAUGCAAGAGACAUUUGUGUGAUCAAGGUUCCUCCAGAAAUGAGAUACACAGACUACUUUGUAAUUGGUAGUGGGACUUCCACCCGACACUUACAUGCUAUGGUCCACUACAUUGUGAAGACGUAUAAACACCUGAAGUGCAGAAGCGAUCCAUAUGUCAAGAUCGAGGGGAAGGACACUGACGACUGGCUGUGUGUGGACUUCGGCAGUAUGGUGAUCCAUUUGAUGCUUCCGGAAACCAGAGAAACCUACGAAUUAGAGAAAUUAUGGACUCUACGUUCUUUUGAUGACCAGUUAGCUCAGAUAGCAGCUGAGACGUUACCUGAAGACUUCAUUCUUGGACUAGAAGAUGACACUUCAUCCCUGACUCCAAUGGAGUUCAAAUGUAAAUAAAACAAAGCUAAUGCCGUCCAUCCCUCUG